AGUCGGAAUAAGCCGAAUAAAACCGAAAGAGAAAGAAAAGAAGUAUGAACAUUACUAUAUCGUGUACGAUAGUACCCAAUUAGUACUAAGUACGAUUUGAAUAAUUGUUCGAAACGUUUAAAAAAAUAUAUUUCUAACAUAAAUAUCAUAUAAAUAUCUAUUAUGAAUAUGUAUAAUUAAGAAAUAAAAAAAAAAAGAAAAAAGAAAACAAAAAAAAUAGUUUAUUUGAGAUUGUACGAGUCAUACAUAACGAAUUCACGACUACGAGUCAUUCAUCUAGUCUAGUUUCCGAAUCGAUUUCUCUACGUUUAAUACGUUCGUGUCGUUAAUAAUCUUCAACUGUCGAAUUAUGGGCUCAGUCGUUUUGAAAUCUCUCUCAGUUCUUCUUGGGAUAUUCUUCGUUUUCGUUGGUACUAUGAAAUUGACUUCUCAUAUUAGUAAGGAUCUACACAAGGAUUUGAGGAAAGAAUAUGUGAAAUAUGCAAAGGUAUUUCCACUAUCUGGUACACUGGAUUUUAAAGUACCAAGUAAAUGGUAUAGAAGAGUUGUUGGAUCAUUGGAAAUUAUUUGCGGACUCGCAAUGGCCAUAGUUCCAAGCCAUAAAAUAAAAAAUGCAUCAAAUACAGUAUUAUUAUUAUUAAUGUUAAUGGCUGUAUAUUCACAUUAUAUGGUAAAUGAUAAGUUUGAAAGAAUUGCACCAGCAUUGAUUUACUUCUUUUUAGGUGUUUUUUUUUAUGCUAACAGGCCGAUUAGUAAUAGAUUGGCAACUUAGACGAGAAGAUACACAACCAGUAACAGCAAAUGGUGUAGAUGAUAAAACUAAGAAACAAGAUUGAAUUUGGAAUUCUUAUACAUAUUCAUGAGACUAAAACUUCAUUUGAUUAUCAUAUUAAUUAUCACUUGCAACGUAUCAUGUAGGUAAUAGUUCGUUAAAGGAAUUCUUAUUAUGCACAACAAAUAAGUUACUCAUUUGAUCUUUGAUUCCUUAUUUAUGAUAAUCAUGUAAAAUAUGCUCUUUUAAACUUAUAUGUUAAUUUUAUUCAAGAUUUAUAUUAAAUUGCUUUUUCAACAAUAUUAUGAAUUUAAAUCUAAAGAAAAUAGAAAUCUUGAAAAUUUCAAAAAAUAUAAAUAUUUAUUAUUACUACAAUAUAAUUUAAUCAAUGAAAUAUAAAGUAUUAGCUCAAACACAAGGUAUUAACUGCCAUUUGAAUUAAUGUGUUCUUCUUGAUAUCAUAUUGAGAUUAAAUGUUUUUAUGUGUAAACAUUGCAUUAUAACGCACACGCGUGCUUUCUUCGUAUUUAUAUUUUUACUUGUUUAGUUAUUUUUUUAUUUUUAAAGAAGAAAACACGCGUCUUUAAAAUUCGAAUAAAAAUGUACAAAUUUAAAAUUCGUACAAAAUACAUAAAUAUAUUAUUAUAGUUGAAACGAAAAUUAUAAAAAAGACUAGUUUGUUUUUAGUUUAAAGUUCAAAAUAUUUUAUUAAUAUAAUGGAAUAUACUGUAGUGAACUAAUUGAUUCUAGAAUCUUAUUAUAGCAUAUUUUGAACUGUAAAUACAUAUUUAUUUAAAACUAUUUCAAAGUUACUAUUCAAUAUAAUGAUUUAAAUAAAAAUAUAAAAUACAAAAUACAAAACAUUUAAUACAAAAUAAAAAACAUAAGUACAAAUAUAAAUAUAAAUUGUAUUUUCCUAUGUUUGUUAUAGUAUAUUCCACUGUAUUAUAGAAGAAAAAACGUUAUUAUACUGUAUAACGUUAAUUAAUUGUAUAUUUAUUUUUCAAAUGUUAAAUUUGUAAUCAAUGGAAUAAAUUAAAUAAUAUAUCUAUAAAAAAUAAUAUAAUAACGAAAUAAAAUAAUAGCGAAAAAAUAAGUGUAAAGUUAACAUAUAUAAGUAUAAUGAUAUAUUUAUUAUAAAAUAUUAAGAUUGACUACAUAAGAGAACAUUUUAAAAACUAUUUAAUAAUUGUGCGCGCAUGUGUAUACAAAACUAAGUUUACACGUUCGAAUAGAAAAAGAAAAAUUAUAAUUUUCAAUUUUUUUGAAAUUUAUAUUUUUAACUAUUUUUUUUAUUUGAAAAUAACAGAAUUAUUAAUUAACUUAUUUAAGAUUCAUUAAUACAUGACAUAUAAUUUAUUUUGCACUAUUAACAUUUUUGAUAUAUAUUUGUGAACUUUCAUUAAUCAUUAUAAUAAUAGAUUUAAAUAUUAAUGCCGAUUUUAUACAUCUACAAAUUAAAUAUACAUUUCAAAAAUAUCUUUAAUUCAGCAUAACUAUAAUAAUGUAAACAGUUAAAAUAAAUAAUUUAUCAUUUUUAUCAUUUUUACUUUUGUAUCAAUUAAAUCAUAUUAUUAUUCACAAGCAAUAAAAAUUAAUUUACUAAUUAACUGUUAUUAUUAAGUGAAAUAACAAUAUUUUUAAUUUUAAUUUUGAUUAUGUGAGUUCUUGACCAGUAGUUAAAAGAUGUAAAGCUUUUCGAAGAUUUAACACAGCUGUAGGCACAUCAUCAUAAUUUAAAGCACUUCCCGACCAUUUAAUAAACUUUUGUGCCUUAUUUAUUUGUUCCACUGAUAAUUCGAUUCCACCUAUGAUGUAUGUAUAAUUAAUGCAAACAAAUAAUGAUA